UGAGCGUCGCACGUUUGCUUUUCUCUCCCGGUUUGCCGGUGCCGUAAAAGUUUCGAACCUAAAGAACCAUCGCGUGUUUUGAGUCGUGGAAUUUUUGCGCUAAGAGCUGUGCUGUUUAAUAAAAGCCCAACCCGAGGCUAAUUCGUGCCUGGGCAUUCGAAGAGGUGUGCAAAACCCCGCAGAGACGAGCCCCUCAGCGUGUUCUGUGCGUGUGUGUACACCCCCGGCUAUCUUGUCUCCUCUGAAGCCGCGGCUCAAAACAACCGUUUGCAUCUGGUGUCGUCGAAUAUUCUAUCGUCCUGGUCAUCCUUAUCAACGAUAUUUCAUCUCGUGUGCCAGUGUGUGUGUGUGUGUGUGGUUUUUAGUGUCUCGUUGAAGAUCAGCAGCGAGAGGUGCAUUGCAAAGUGACCUGAAGUUGAUGGUGAAACCGAUUAAUGCGAAUCCCGUGCAUCUCUGUUUUGCAUAAUAAUCGUCGCUUGUUCGUGGCGGAGUGUAUGUGUACUUGUGCGUUUGCUGGCGUGUGUGUGUGUGUGUGACCUACUUUUGUGUGCAGGACGACUUCGAUCAACGAUCGAGCCGGCCGCUAGCGAGUUGAGAUCGGAGCAGGUUGAAAUACUACAUUUUGGGGCCCCCUCCAUGGUGGUGGUGGUGGUGAUCCUGCUAUAAUCCGAAAGUGGUUCGCUUGGUCAACCCGCGCGUGACAACAACCGAAAACAACGGAAAGAAAAACCAGCCAACCUGUGGCGGCAGCAGAGCAGAACAAGAGGCGAAGCAGGGCCUCGAUAACUCGAUGACUCGAAAGAAAUCCGGGUGACGACACAACGAGACACAACCGGAUCAGUGACAUCCCUUGAGUUUGAAGAAGCAACGCGGGAAAUUGCGACCCAAGAAAAACGCAAACUCCCAGUCCGCAACAAAAUCGAGAGCAGCAGCCACGGUCGAGUGCAGAAAGAUCCAAAAUUUAUGUUUUUUUAAAACACAACAACAACACCAGCAAUAACGACACCGGACAUCGGAGAACAGACCGCAGGGGAAUCGAAAAGUCCCUGUAGUCGCACCGGUUUCCCAUAGAACAACGGACCUGCGGACGGAACUUGAUCCACGUACAAGUUGUAGCGACUGGUUUCACUGGACGAGACAACUAAAACCACGGCGCGCAUUUAAUGCUGAUAACGGGCUGGUGUGAUUGAAGGCGAGACACUGACGCAAACUGAUCCAUCACAGCGAAGCGCAUAGGAAGCACACUUGGACCACAAUCUACCGACAGCAUAGGCCAUCCGGAUUGUUCUAUCGAUCGAACCGUUCGAAAGCGAAAGGGUGACUGGACCGAAAACGAGUGGAAAAAUCACAGCGUUUUUUUUUUGACAGCCUGCCAGGGUUCAGGGAAGCGGACCAAAAAACAAGAUUGUCACAACAGGACGCACAUCACGGAACGAACAGUGUUCUCCGGGUCGCCGGGUGUCGGGAACAGCGUGUUAACACGAGCACCGCGAUAGAACCCGCGGCAGGGCGCAAGAUCGCGGGCCUGGUGGUCUUGGGCGCGGAAGAUGAUGAUCGUCUUCCACGAUCGCCAGCGCACCUGGAGCAUCGAAGAACGUGCCACUACCGCUGUUGUGGAUCGGUUGCGGUGGAGCAGCGAACGAACGUCCCGCUGUGACGGCGACACACAUCUCUGUGCUUUGUGGGUAGCAGCGAGUGUCGUCGUGUGAAAAACGGGAAUCGAACGACCAUAAAUCACGAACCCACCGGGAAGUAAACGGCGGACGACGGACAAGAAGGAUAAAACCAACCAAGAAAAACCAACAACCAGAUAAAACAUAAAACAGAAAAAUCGGCAAAAAAAAAACAAACCCCCGGCGAAAAGAGAAAAGGUGAGAAGGAGAAAAGAGAAACGAAACGCAAGCGACAACGAAAAAAAAAAAGAAGUAAAACAACCGGAAAACAGAGAGAUAGAGAGAGGAAGAGAGGAAGACAGGAAAGGCCAAAUGAUUGGUUAACAGGAGUAAGAAACAUCGCGUGUAAACGCUUGUCGAGAACAACUGGCAACAGCGGAUAAAAGCAGAAACGCGCGAGAAGUGUGAGUGAAGAGUGAAAAUCACGGUGUGAUCGAACCGACGACCAACAUUCUUGGUCCGGGAUUGGAUUGGAUAGCAUUUACCGUCGGAAUUUACCGGAUUUCCGGAACGCGGUACCGGUGUUUGUACUGAACCCCCAAGCUUGGGUGCAACUCACCGUGUGUGUGUUUUGUUAGUUUUAUGUAUUUCGAUCGUUUGUGCAUGCGUGUGUGUGUGUUGAUGUGAUUGUGUUUUAAAGCAAUAGAAGCGCACGCAGCGUAGACCGUGUCUUUGGCGAGUUCUUCUUAACUCAAGUGAUUGUGAUCGAAGAUAUCGCUCCCCAGAUCUUUAGAUGCAGCCCCUCGUUCUCAAUCACUAAUCACACCGUCUCGAGAACCAGCUAGACAAGCUCAGCCAGCAAAGCCUCCCCCUCCCCACAAGAUCAUAAUUGCUCCUCUCUUGCGUCGCGUUCAGCGGGAGUAUGUUUUAACGUGUAAAUGACUCCCAUGCAAAGAAGAUUUACUUGUGGCAGUAAAUUAACAGAUUGCCUGAGCGAACCAUGCACUAGCGGUUACGGUUCCGCUGCAAAACGAACGUCAACAACAGUCAAACAGUCGAACGCAACGACCAGAACGACUCCACCAUCGAUGAUGAUGAUGAUGCUGAUGAAGAUGACGACGCCGACUACGAUGAAAACGCAUAGAAUGGCCACGGUGCACCUGUGCGGUGUGCUGUGCUGUUGCUGCUUGCUACUGCUGCUCGUGCCACUGGCAGCCGGGCUACCGAUUACGUCGAAACCACUCGACAACAAUCCGGACCAUCUCACGUGGGAAGCGGCCUGGCUGUCGGAGGAUAACAGCCGUGCGCCAGCCCUACCGAUCGGUGGAAAGACGAAGAAAAUCACUCCCAAGUCCAUCUUCAUCACACCCUUCCUGAACAGCUACAACACAUCGGCCUGCCCGCCCGAUUACAAGGUCGACUACAAUGGCAAGUGCAUCCAGGUCGUGAGCAUCAACACGGCCGACAUUCUCGUGACGAAACUGCAGAGUCUGUUCGCCCAGCACAACGGGGACAGUGGUAGCCAGGGUGGUGGGACAGGCGAGGAUGAUUAUGAUUACGAUUACGAUUCGACCGGACCGUUCCAGGUGAAUCUACCGCUGAGUAUCGAUUUACCACCGGAGAUGCCGCCACCAUCGGUACCGAAGCUAACCUACCAGGAUAAUCUCGGUCCAAGCUACUACGAUAGUGCGAUGGUUGAUGUGGCCACCGUCGAUCAGGAUAAGGCGAAAAUCACGACCGUCUCAGUGGAUGCACCGUCAGAGAAGCCCUUUCUUGCGACCACUGCUGCCACCGGUGGUCCGGUCAGGCCAGCAGGGCCCAGCUCAACCGACGCAAGCACCAGUACCUCGGCCACCACCACUGGAUCCGAUCGCGAUGGUGCCGAAAGUCAACCCGACAUCUCCUUUCUCGCAUUCGAAAGUCUCCCCAACGGAACACUCGCCGGUCAGAUCGAGCUGGAUGGUAACAAUCGUACGGUGGUGCAGAGCAUUUUUGUUUCGUCCACUACACCGGAUGUUGCGGCGUCAACCGAUGGCAAUGGUGGUGGAAGUAGCAGCACCAGCACUACGGCGGAGUCUACAACCACUGAGCUGGAUGCUGAGCCCGGUACACCAACUGAUCGGGAUGGUGACACGGCUGAUAGUGAGUCUACUGUGGCCAGCAGUACAACGAUGAGCGCUGGACAAACGGAUCCAGAAGACGAUCCUAGCAGUACAGUGAACGGGGUCAGUACGACCGAACCGACCACAACCGAACAGGAGGAAGAGGAAGCGAGCAUCGAAGAGCUGAAGCUGGAACUGGCGGAGGAAUCGCUACUGCUGGAUACCAACCACAGCUCAACGGUUUCAACAAUCGAACCAUUGACGACGGACGUAUCGGAUAUGAUGGACACGGACACGGUGCCCACAUCCGAGACGGAACCGAGUGAACAACCGACGGCUGUCAUUGGACUGGCAGCCGCGAGUACGGCCAAACCGAUUCCCGUGACUAUUUCCCCUCCGGUCCGUCGUACAUCGGGCGUUCCUGCCGGUUCAACUAGGCCUCCGGUGCAGAUAAUAACGCCCAUCCGGGGAAGCUGGGAUCUCGGGUACAGGGGAGGAUCUUCGAUUCCGGCAAAACUCACACCCGCCAGCUACGUCCAGCAGGAUCGCACAACACGUGCUACUCCCGAAACGACGACACCGGCAUUCGAACGGUGGACCGAGAAGCCCCCUGGGGGGGAGGAGCGCAAUGAUACAAUGAAACAGGAAAUCAACCAUCAACCUUCGACAACGAGCGUUGCUCCAUCGACGACAACGGAACUUGAAGGUAGCACCAGCGCCUCCACCUCCACCACGGGCCACCUUCCCUUGGAGAUCAAACCGAUUCCGACGGUACCGGACAACCACGAGCGGUACAUGGAACAGUUGCGCAAAAUCAACGAAAUCGUCGCCGAGAAGCGUCGGCUGCAGCAGCAACAGGAGCAACAGCUGGCGGGCGCUACCACCCGUAUCCGCUUCCCAUCGCGCACCGACGAGGAACCGGAGCUGAGCGGAGCGGCAAGCAGUAACAGUGGCGUUCGUUUCCCGGGUACGGCCACCAACCGGUACACGCCCACUGGUAACCGGCUGCCGGACAUCUUCCCAAAGAAAUCGGCGACCGACAGCACAACGCAACGGCCGGCCUUCUGGUGGCUUCCGUCGGGCUGGGAGGUCGAUCAAGCCGGCAACAAGCCCAUGCUGUUGCGCUUCUGGUCCCGCAUGCCACUGGUGCGUGACAACGCGGCACAGCCCUCCACGAGCAACACCGAACCGACGACCAACAAUCGUUGGCGCUCGACCAACAAUUACCAGCAGCAGCAGCAACACCAACAGCAGCACUUUGGCAGCAGCAAUCAUCUUCCCUCGCCCGUAGGAUCAUCCGCUUCACAUCCGGUCGCUUCGGCCAGAGGCAACUCGAAGAGUCCGAGCGAAAACUUCUACAAAGAAGUGUCCGCCCAGGAGGUGUAUAAGGUGAUGAACGCACGACAGCUUAACCAGCAUCAGAGUUAAGCCACCAGCGCGCGGAUCCUCGCCGAUGCAGAUCCUGUAGCGCACUCCCUAUCCUUCAUCCUUUUCGAGCGGAUAGGACGGGGGUGAGGGGCUAUCACGGAGUUGCCGCUGCGCUGUCAGGAAGCCCCAAAAAUCUUAACCAAAGUCCAAACAGCAGGCUAUACACACAAGUCCAGCUUUAAGUAUUAAUACAUAAUGACGGAGAUGAUGAUGUCCAUGUCUACCACUGCGGAGCGGAGCGUUUUGUGUAAAACGUACCUUAACCCUUGACAUUGACCUUAGAUGAUAGAGGGCGUAAAGAGAUGAAGAGACGAGAGCAUGAGAGAGGGUCCAGCGUAAUCCAGCUGCUGUUGUGUGUUUGUAAGUUAUUGCUACGAUAGAUCUAACCGCUGAUCGGUUCGUCGCGUCAGUCGCGUUUGAACCUUUUCGCUUCGGUGUUCGGUUCGCAUCACAUCUACAUCACCGUGAGAAUGAGAGAGCAGCAACAGCAUUUCGCAGACGCAAGACUUCACCCGUGAGACACUAGAGCCUCCCUGCCGCACGCCUAUCGGCCAUUUCCUUCCUUUCCCAGCUCUCCCCGCUCUCCCCUUUAACACUGCACCGUGUGCCUAGCGUGCAAUAGGCAUCAUCAUUAGACAAUCUGUGAUAUUGAUUUGCAAAGUUCACUUUCUUAUUUCGUUUUUUGUAAGAAAUCUGUACUGACCACCCACCUAUCGGUUCGGUUAUUUUAUGUCGUUCGAUUUUAUGUUUUCGAAUUUAUGUUGUUCCCCGCUACCCUGUGCUCUACUUAUGCGCGCGAUGAUGCGAAAGAAGUAUUUUCCUAGUAAAAUACUAAUCUUUCUGAGCUGAUCGCUACAAUACCACAAUCCUGUCCACGAUUUCCACCUCUUCCUUCCAUUCGACCGGUUCUCAGGGGGGGGUCCGUCUCUGGGUGAAGUCCAAAGUGACCGCAAUGUACAGUAGAGUAGCUUAGCAGGGAAAUGCGAGGGGGAGGUAAAGCAAGAUGUCCGCGUGUACCGACAGUAGUACUAGUGCACGCUAAUAGUGAGGAAGCCGAUGCAAACAAGUAUUGUCUAUAAUAUCCUCAUACAUACUUAGAAUACUUAGAAACACCCCAGUCCUAGUAUGCACCCUAGCGAGACACAUACUCUCAGACGCUCGGAAGAGGUAGAAGAAGAAGAAGAAGAAGCAAAUAACACGCACAAACAACUCAAAUUAUUUUAAUGGAUAGGAUAAAGCUUUUAACAAAUGUCUUCUAGGGGUAUCCAACAUCCAAGUACCUUGCGUUCUGUAAUCCUCUGCUUCCGGAUUUUUCAAUUGUAUAUAUAUAUAGCCACGGUAUUGUAUUAUGGAAUGGAUGAGUUUGUGUUGUGUAGAGUUUAGUGUUUAGCGGUUUAGUAGGUCCUCUUUUCUAGACCGAUCAUUAGAAGAUGAACUGGUACGCACACAAGGGUACGGGCACACUAUCGCGUAGUGUGUACCCUUCCGUUUAAGCUACUUAGCCCCAGGCGCUGACACGCGUGUCUCGUUUGAUGCAACGAACGUUCGUUACUUACAAGCCUGAGAGACUGCUCCGCCCAGAAGCUAACAUCGAAGCUGAUCGCGCUUUCGCGGCCCGGGCAGCAAUGGGCAGUAUGUCGGAGUGUGUAUGUGCCAAAUAUAUAUGUACAUGUGUAUGUUUAACAAAAGAAAAAUUGAUAUUGUCAUAUUACCUUGGCAUCACGCGGUGCACGCUGAUGCUGUUCUGUAGACGAUAGAUAUCCGUCUAUGUUGUACUGGUGUAGUACUGUGUGUGCGCGUGUGUUUUACUUACCGUUAUAGCGGAGCUAGCUAGCAUUGUACAUAGUGUCUACCCAGCGCUCUGGUCUGGAAUCCGAAUCCGUAUUGUCUCUAUUGCAUCAGUAGAAUUGGUACCUUGAUGAAAGUAUUGCAAUCCGUUCAGCAUCCAGUGUAGAUCACUAUAAGCCCAGCCGGCCCGUAAUAACCGGACGGUUUUUGGUAGAUGUUGUACGAAAGUGUAGCUGUAUAAGGUAAAUAGCGUGACCGCCUCCGACCCAGUCAAUGUGCACUAACAAAUGUGUUGCUCGGUUAGCCGCUCGAUAUCGCUUUUUCGUAUCCGGAUCGUACAAGCUCGUUUCUAGUGGGACACAUUUGCGAUGCGAUAGCACCUUCACCACGUCACUACGUCAAUAAAUGUCUAUGUUCUUGGAUGUUCUAUAACAGAGAAAGCGUACGAUACGGUACACUAGGGACUUGACAAAUGGCUGGCCGUUGGACAACUGUAUCCGAAUCAUUCUCUUUCGAUCUACUAGCGUACUAGCAGGGUUAGUGCAGAAAGAAAGAAAACAAAAAUCGAUGAAAAGAAGAAAGUAGUUUGAUGUUUUAUUCCUGCUUCCUGUGUCAGUUCUCCACUCCACAUGAUGACCAUCACGAUGCAACACUAAACUUAAAGACUAAUGGU